UUUUGCAAUACUGAAUUUCACAUACACAAGUUUGUUUAUUUUUGUGUUUCUUGUUAACAAAUCGCAGGCAGAUCCGAUGAAACUAUGAAAACUCCUGGCGCUGGCAAAAAGUCCACCAAGUCGCGCUCCAAGUCGGCCAAGUUGGAACUGGCAAGCAAGAACGCAGCGUCAGCAGCAGCAUCGGCAUCCUCGGCGGCCACAGUGUCCACUUCUGCACUGGGCGGGGGCGUGGCAGUGGGCAGCCUGCCGGCUACGCCGUCGCACCUCAACAUGGUCACAACACCCACGACGCCCACCUCGAGUUUCGGAAACUACAACAUGUUCGAUGCCUCCUUCCAAGUGGCGAGCAGCGGACAUGGAGCAGCAGGUGGCGCGUCGGGAGAGGCUUGCAGUAACAGCAGUCGAGUGAUCAACCAAAAGAGCUAUGCCGGGUUUGACCCGCGGAGCAUUAAGAUUUUCUGGGAACAGCACGACCAAACGGAUGUGGAACUGCCCCAGGAUGUGUGUGCUCGCCUUGCAGAGGAUGCCUCCUACAAAGUCUGGGAGUUGAUCAACAAUGUAAAAACCUAUUCACGCCACUCAGGCGGAGUGGUCACCUACGACCUGGUCAACGAAGUGCUCAAGGAUGCGGACGUGCCGCCUAUGCUGGGGGCCAUGGACAGUGACUGGGACCGCAUCGACUAUGACGGCAGCUACUACUUCCACUCGGACAAGAUCUUUGAGCUGCGCGAGGAGUUCCAGAAAGAGAUCACUCUCGCAAUGCCUGGGGAUGCUGACUUCCACAGCUUCUGUCCAGUAGAGGACAAGCACUUGGAACAGUUGAAGCAGGUUGUCCAGAAUCUGGUGACGGCUGCUGUGUUCGCGGACAGCAAGUCUCAGAGGGAGGCUGUGUGCCACGCCUUCCAGACGCCCCUGAUGGGGUCCAUCUACCGUGUAAUAGUGACAAAGGUGAUACAUCUGCUGGCCUUUAAGCAGCAGGAUCAGCUAAGUCAGCGUUGCUGGCGACUCCUGCGCGCCUGCAACUACAAUUCCCACGUGAACCAUGUUUCCUGUCGGUCCGAGUACUUCCAUCUGGCGGAGGUGCUUGUAUGUCAGCUCCUAGCUCCCUACGAGACCAUCAAGCCUCCUUCAGAAGGCAGCGAGGGACUGUGUACAGAUCCCGGCACCACCACUGUCAAAAUGGAGUACGAGGAACAGCUCAAGCUCGAGCCAGAGCAGUUCUCCAAUCAGGAGACCCCAAUGAUGGAGGUAGGCAAGGAGGAUCAUGCGGAAGACCAGCCAGUAUUUGCCAGCGAGAACAGCCAGGAACACACUAUCUACAAGCUGCAGACCGAGGACGAGGAGCCUACUCCGGACCCAGAGCUGCAGCAUAUGUCCAGCUUCUUUGCCAGUCCCGUGGGCAGUGUUUGUGUGGAGGAACUGUGCGAUACCAUUGGCCAGUUGGCCUCCCAGAGUGGGUACUUCCAUUCAGAGUGCCUCUUCCUAAUCACUAGGCGCCUGGCCAGGUACUUCGAGACACGGGACUCGUGUAGCGAGCGGGACCUGAAGUACGUUAGGCGAGCAGUGCGCGGACUAAUCGCUCUGGGGGAGUACGCCUUUCGAGAAUUCAUUCCCUACAUAUAUAAGCUGCAGGCGGACACGAUUCCGGAGUGCAUGUGGCAGGAUCUGGCGCAGGCUGCCAUAUACCUGGGGGGCAAGGACGACAUCUUCCUCUACGAGUGGCUGGAGCACGGUUGCGGCGCUGCGUUACAGCCCUUUAUGGUUCAUUACGCCCAGUCCCUUGAAAAGAUGAUCACCAAACGGUAUGAGAGCGCCAGAGCUCCAGCCUACAGCGUGGAACCCGUGCCCGGAGUGCGCCGCUUGGAGUGGAGCACCUUGGCCGCGGCCAUGUGCCACGGUGACGAUCCCAGCAAGGCCCUGAAGCCGAAACCCACUAUGCGGGAAGCUUUUCCGGAACUGCAGCAGCCCAAUCUGCAGCACAACUGCGCUGGAAACAUACGCUUUAAGUUCGCCGGCUGCCGGCCAGUGCUGCUUAAGCCGAAGGCUCUCAGUGUCCCGCAGACUGGGGACUCUCCUUCGUCAACUACGAAUGGCGGUACUGGCUGCGGUGCCAGCUCCGAAAUCUUCAUCGCAAAGCGAAAGCUUUUCAAGCCCCUGACGAACGUCAGGAAGUGGUCGCCGGAGAGUGGCUAUCACUUCCUGCGUAUCUGAGCUUGAAAAGGUAAGGAUCUCAAUAAAAAUUCACAUAUAAAUGUCA